CUCUUUCUCCUUUUUGGACGGAAUUCAGCGGCGGGUGAAUUUUUUAAGGUUUUAUUUCAAAUUUUUGAGUUGUUACCUUUAAGUUAUUGAUGUUUCUAUGUCAGCUUUGAAUUUUGGGAGUUUCUUUAAAGUAGUAGACGUAUUAGUAGUCAUAGCGGAUUAUCCCGUUUCAGCCUUAGAGUACAGUAACAUUAGUCAUUAGUCGUUAGUUACUAAUGACAUUAGUAACAAUACUGUAUUUUGUAAAAAUAAUUGUCAUUGUCACACAAUACAACUACUUCAGUACAGUCCACACUCAGUCCACUAUCUUCAUUUUCACCAGUUUCAGUCCUCAGUCAGUUUGUUUAUAUUUUAAUGUUUAUUAAUUAAGGCUUAAGGUUACAUUUUUAUGUUUUUCUUUAACUUUAAGCCCAUUUAAUGAUUGAAGUGGCUAUUCUAUCAUUCAAUUUUCGGACCCAGUAUCAGUAUAGUCCAUUCAAUUAUCUUAUUUGAUAACAAAUUUUGUCUUACAAACCCAACAAUAGUAUUUUUAAUAUUUGUUUAAAAUCCAACAUCUCACUUCUGAUACUGAUUGAUACUAUACGUUUAUAAGAUUACUUCUUCUGUUUAACUAAAAUAAACUACCACAAAUCUGCAACUAGCAUGGAAUUCUGAUAUAGACAAUACAAUUCCUGGUUGGUUCGUAUUUUCCAUCAAUUUUUAUCCUUCAUUGGUCCAUGCAAUGCAAUAUAUGUUCCGGAGAACUUUUCUCACCCUUGUGUUUUCUGUAGUUUUUGUAAGGGUCCAAGUUGUAUGUUAGAAGAACUGGACUAAUUACCGUUAUAUGUAUGGUUUUCUUUGUUUUCUUGUAAUGUUUUUUUUUCUACUGAAGUUUGCCCUGUUUCCAGCUGGUAUUCUUUUGUUUCUGUUCGUGACUCAUUUCUUUGAUUUAAUUAAGAUCCUAGGUAUAUGAAUUCAUUUACUUUUUCAAAAGUGUGGUUUCUAAUUUUAAUGGUUUUAUAUUUGUCUGUUCUUCUCUUAACAUUGAACAAAGUCAUGUAUUUUUAAUUUUUGAUUGUUACCUUCCCAUCCUGCUUGUAAUAAUGCAUCUUCUAAUUCAAUAAAAGCUUUUGAUAUAUGUAAAUAUUCAAUUCUUUUCCCUAACCGUACCAUUUCAUCAACAUAUGCAAGAUACUAAAGAAGUUGGUUGUAGAGAGUGCCUAUUGGUUGUGGCUCUUGGGUUUCCCUCAGAAAGUAUCCUGUUAUUGUUCCUCAGAUGUCAAUAUCUUUGGAUCUUAUAACUCUUUAAUGUAAGGUUAAAUAGCAUACAAGUAGGCACUUUGAUAUCGCCGGAAAUACCCGAAAAAUUAAUAAUAAUAAAUUCUACAUCCGCCAAUUACUUAAAGCCGACAUUUUGCUUGCUCUAUUGAGAGUUCAUUUGAUUUUUUUUUCAAGGUUAAAGCAUUAAAAUUGAAGUUAAAAAUAGAUUAAAUUCACUCAUCAAUAAUUUUUUUUUUUUUUAAAUGCGCUCCAUCAUAAAAAAAAACAACACUCCUUAAGUUUACAGGUUCAUUUACAACAUUUCCAAAAUUCAUGAGUGUAGACCAUAGGUAGGCUUCAAAAACAAAAUUCCCAGAGGUCAUUUUUUUAGGCUAUGGAAUUUGUUAUCAUGCCCAUCGUGCUUGUCUGCUCAUUGCCAAUUAUCGAUAGCAGUCUGGGGUAUUUAAUAAUUCAAUAAAUUGGUUAUCCAGAAUAUAAAUGGGAAAUAUAACUAAUACUAAAUCAUUUUAUAUAAAUAAAACUGUUUUAUAACAUUAAAUAAUUAUUAUUGACUUAUAAAAUAUCAGUGGUUUUAAUUUUUGGGUAGGUUACCAUGGACAUGGCUGACAUGGGAUUGAUAAGCACUUGUCUUUAACUUAGACUUAGAUAGGCUUAGUAAAAGUAUUAAAAUAGUAAUUAUACUAUUAUAAAUGAUUUAAGUAGUGGGAUAAGUAGCUUUUAUUACAACUAAUAUAUUUAUAUUACAUUAUAUAUAUAUAUAUAUAUAUAUAUAUAUGUAUAUGUAAUGUCUAGAGGCCUAGUAUAGACAUAGUAUAAUACAAAGCAUACACUAAAUUAUAGUUUAGGCCCAGACCCAACCCAACUUAUUUAUAGGGCCUAUUAUAGUAAAUUAUAUGUAAUGAUAUUUUAGGAUAUGUAAUUAUAUUUUAAUGAAUAUUAUGAUUCUUAAGGCAUAAACUAAGUAAAAAGUUUUAAAAUAUUCUCUUACCUUUGAUAUUGAAAUAUCCUAUAUUUAAUCACAAUAUUCCACAAGAGAAUUAAUUAUUAUAUAAUCCUCAGUUUCUCAAAGAAAAAAACACACGUUCUAGCAUAAUAAUCCAAGAAUUACUUAAGAUAUUACUAAAGAACAAUCAUAAAAACUUGUAGUAACCUCAAGCAAAUGACAAAAACUUAUUUUAUUUUCUAUUAGCAGCCAAAGUUGAUUCUAACAAUACAAGUUGAUUUGUAAAACAAGAUUACAAACUUAAAAUAAAUGACAUACUGAUUGUUUUGUCAUAUUCAUAUAGGAAUAAUAUACAUAUGUAGAAAAUGGUAACAUAAAAAGUGCAAUCAUAAAUUUUAACUAAAUAAAUCAAAUAAUCCUGUACUAUUUGUUUAUACUUAUAAAUGUUAAACGGUUACACAGAAAAUUUGAAAUUAAUAUCUUAAGAAUAUUAUUUUAUUGUUAUUUUGGAGAAAUUAAAAAAAAAAUAUUUAAAAAAAAAUAAUUAAAUAAAAAUAAGUGUUGAGUCAGCAUAUUUUAUACAUUUUUUUAUAAGAAAAAUUAUAUGCAUUAAAGAAUUUUGUGGGGGAAUAUUAACAAUAAUAAAAUUUAAAAUUUGUAACUUUAUUUAGUAAAAAUCAUAUCUAACUAUAUUCCCUGUAAAUGUUAUAUUUUUAUAUCAUUUUGUAAUAAAGUUAUAGGCGUAAAAGCAAAAGCCAAAUAGGGGGUACACUUAUGGAGGAAAACUCCAUUAAAAAAAAGUGGAUUUGAGGUCCUUACUAAAAAAAAAUCAUAACUUUUGAAAUACUUGAGCUAGAAAGUUGAUCUUGGUGUUUCUGUAAUCUAUUCUCUAAGCUCUAUACAGCGGUAGUAUUUUUAUAUUUUGAAAAAUGUUUUGAAAUUUUCAUCAAAGUGCCUAAUACAAGACAGUGAGUCUGUCUUAGGCCUCUAAAUCUACUGAAGUAAUAAAAAUUUUAUAAUAAUGCUUCCGGACAACAAUUCAAAAUUAAUUUGAAUAUUUAUAUAACACUAAAGACAAAGGAUUAAAAUUAAAGUUAAAGCCACUCAAGGAAAGUUAUGUUUGCUUUUUUUUUUGAAUGGGUCUUUGCUUGGGGAAAAGGGGGUGGCGGAGGGUUGCUUGAAAUAAUCACAGUUAAAAAGUUUCCCAAGUUGGUUUGAAGCUAAAAGUCUUGAAUUUUUAAUCAUUGAAAUAUCUACUUAAAAAACUCAUCAGGGACUGAAAUGCAAAAGCUUUCUAGCCACGGCUCACCAACAUACAUAUAAGAAUAGUACGGCUCACCAGCAUUCAUAUAAGAAUAAAAUGCCUAAAAGAAGAUGGAAACCAGGUUACAGUCCAACCAGUUCAUGGAGGGCGCAAACAUGUCCACCAGAUCUGCCACAAAAAGAAGUUGAAGAUGUUCAAAAUCUCUUCAAGAAAGUGUUCAAGUUUUCUGCAGUAUCUGUAAAAGUAACUGGAAAUGUUGCAGAUUCUUCAGACAUGCUUGAGAGCUGGAUUGGGGGUACAUUUUAAUUUAAAAUGUUUUUAUAAAUAAAUCUGUAGGCAGCUAUUACAAUUAAUAAUUAACCCAUGAAUGUAUCAGUGAUCUUAUUUGUGGGCAUAAAAGCUAUAGGCUACCUUUAUUUGAAGUACCUGUAUUUACUAAUCAUAAAAAAACAGUUCUCUUUCUUUAAGUUUCAGUGUCCUGAAAAACAUUAAUCAAAUUAUUAAAUAACAGUAUCUAAAAUGUAUUGUUAAAUAAAAUAUCCUUAGGCGACCCUGAAGUUUUAGAAGAUAUUCCGAAUGACAGUGAGCUGCAGGCUCAGAAAAAGGAGCUCAACAAAAUCAAAGACAAGCUAAGCAGUAAAGAUAUUGAGGACUGGCAUACUCAUACAACAAAAUGCAAUAUUGCAGCAUCUGUUAUUCCCCAUGUAAAGUAAGUACACAUUAUUGCAGUCCUUAUUCAGGAAGAAAGAAAAUAAUAUCAUUUGUGUAUAGUUUUAAAAAAAAAUAUUAAUCAAUCAUAUUAGUUGCUUUGCUUACUAUUUGAUUUUGGUGAAUUGUAUCAUUAUUAUUUUUAGAUUGCAUCUUUUCAAAAAAGUCUUUGCAUCUUUUGGAAAGUAUUUCUUAGUACAAAAUAUAUUUUUUUUAUAUUACACUAUUACAUAAAUUUAAUUUAAUUUUGUGAAGUUUGAAAUGGACUUGUCCAUUUUCUAAAAUCUCUGGAAAUCCUGAAUAAUGCAAAAUUGCUUUUGAUUAUUUUUGUUUAAAUGGAUUUAUUUUCUAACCUACUGUAGGAAUUUAGGUGUUGAAAUGUGUACACAAGCCUGGGUGAAGUUCUAUGAAAUUCUGAAUAAGCAUCCAAUAGUCCCCAGAGGAAACUUUCUGUCCCUUCACCUUUGUGAAGCCCCUGGUGCAUUUGUUACUUCACUCAAUCACUUUCUACAACAGAGGGGUCAGUGCUAAAUUUCAAACUUUGAAUUAGAGCUUGCAUACAUUCAGUACUGAGCAACAUUUAUAUUUUAAAGUUCCACUCCCAGCCUUGCUUGCCAUUCAGAUCACUGUAAAUUUUCAGGUAUUAUUUGUAUCCCUAAGUUUGGAUCAAACUUUUAUGGACAAUAAAAUUUCAUAUGCAUAAUAAGCCCCCAUAAUAAUAAUGAAAGGUGGACAAAUCCUAAAUGAUCUUAAAUUUAUGCAUUGUUGUUCUUUAUUUCUAAGCAGAGCUAUUGAUUGGAUUAUUGCCUGUAUUACUUUAACUCUAAUUUACAUUUUGAAUAUGAAUGUCUAAAUACUUAAAAUAGAAUUUAUAUUUCUGCCUGUUGAAUGAAAGGAUGGUCUUUCCUCUGGCUGUCAAGUAAUGUGGAAGGACAAAGCUUUAGCUCAGUCCUUCCCAUUUCAACAUGUGAGCUGUGUUGGCUCAAGAUGACUGGUUGCUGUAUUCAAACCAAAGUUUUAAAAAAACAAAAAAAACUUGUUUGUUGCAGAUCAUGUAGUUUCUUGGGACUGGAGAGCUACAACAUUAAACCCAUACUUUGAAUCAAACUCAAUGGAAGAGAUGAUAGCAGACGACAGACUCAUACGGCAUACUUAUUCACAGUGGUUUUUCGGAAAGAACGGCUCAGGGGACAUUACCCAUGACAGCUACGUACAUGAUCUCUUCCGCUACAUUGACAGAGUGAAGAAAGACCAGGAGCUGGAACUUUUAUUGGUGGGAACACAGUUUAAUAUAUGGGAUUCAAAUAGUUUAGCUUUUAAGUAAAGGUAUUGAAAAUAGUAGAAUUUAUGUACAUGUCUUUAAUAUAUAUAAGGAAUAUUUAUUGUAAAUGAAUUGUAUUUCAAUUUUUAUAUUUUUUGCUGAAAAAAAUUGUUCCCCUUUUCAUUUUAUUUAUUUGAUGUCUUAAAAGUCACCAUUCUUUAUGUUAUCUUUACAAAUAAAAAAAAAUACUUAUUCAGAAAUUAGACAUUAGACCAAUUGACUAUUUAAAUGUGUUCAUGAAUAAUAUGCUCAAAUAUUUUCAAUUCUCAAGCUAUAUUUUACUUAUUAUUGUGACAAAAUUGUUCUUCUUCAUUUUGUUUUUAAUGAAAGUAAUAUUUCCAUUUUAUACCCUGUUGAUAUUUAUACUCUUUAGGUGACAGCUGAUGGGAGCAAAGAUUGCCAGAUUAACCCAGCGGAGCAAGAGGCUCUCGUUUCAAGACUUCAUUACUGUGAGAUGAUAGCUGCGUGUCUUACGUUGGCAAAACAUGGCUGUUUUGUCCUCAAAGUUUUCACCCUUUUUGAACCAGCUUCAGUGGCUUUAGUAUUUUUGCUGAAUGUUUUGUUCAGUGAGGUAAUAAUGUGUUGAAUCGCACUUCCUGAUGUAGUAUUUAUUUUCUGCGCAUGGAGUUUUGGAAUGUAGCACUCAUUCCCGCUUUUUGAAAGUUAAGAAGAAAUAGUACUAAAUGUUGGAUAAAUAUUUUGAAAAACAGAAAGAAAGUAAAAAUCUUACUGUGGAGACGGGGCAGGAGGACUACAAAAAUUAUUUUUUAAAUGAGGAACUAUGGCUACAGAAACUGCAGAGAAGGGGAAAAAUAAAUUAAAAGGUUUACUUAACAUUUAAAAAAAUACUUUUACCAUGUUAAAUGAUUAAAUAUACUUGUCUGGAAAAAAAAUCACUACUACAAUGUAAAAGACUACCUGUAGUUUACUUUUUUCAUGGCCAUUUUAAUUUUCAGGUUAUUGCCAGCAAGCCAUCAACCAGCAAGAGCGGUAACUCUGAAAUAUAUUUAGUGUGUCGAGACUACAAGAAAAAUGUCAAAGAGGAAACUCUCUGGAAACUUCUGGAUCUCACUGUGUGUAAGGCGUGUAUUCUCCCCUUAUUUCUGGUUAUCUUUUGUCUCAACAAGGCACGUAGUCAAACUUUAUGUGUGCUUAUUCUUGUCACAAUAUAUUCCUUAUCACUGAUUACAUUUCAAAUAGUGCUGGUUGAUAUUCAAGUUUGAAAUCAAUUGGUGGGAAAUCUGCUAAAAUUGGGAACAUGAAAUAUUCUACCCUAUGUAAUUCAUGCACCUGGAGAUACACUCCAUGCGUUUGCAAUAUGUACACAUAUCAGGCUACAAGUUUACCAGUUUAAGAAGUUUAAGAGUUUAUUAGUCUUAUGUAUAUGUUUUUUUGAUUAUAGUUCUAAAAUAUUUUACCAUUUAAAAUUUUCUCUUUAAAGACAGUGAAAAAGCAGGAACAAUUAGUUUCAAGCAAGAAUUGCCUGUUACAUUUUUACAAGAGCACCGUGAGUGCUGCCAAAGGUUUUCCCAAUGGCAGAUUGCCACCAUUGAGAACAAUAUCCAGCUGUAUGAGGGUGCCGGUCCUGACGCCUACCAUCAGCUUCAUGUCAAACAGGACUACGCCUUGAACUUGUUCCUGCAGAAAACAAAGCUUUAUCAAAGUCGUUAUGUCAAACGAAUAGCAAAGAUUAACAGAGACGUAAGUUUUAAAUAUUUUUUAUAUACUUUUCUCAAUGGGGACUGGAAGUGUUUUGUUCUCAUCCCGUUGCCCCAUUAAAAUGUUGAUUAGUUCAAAUUGAUGAUAAAAAUCUUGAAAAUUUAUUAAGCAUGUGACAUAAGAACCAUUAUAAUACAUGGCAUCUUUAUUUUAAACCUAUAGCAGUCAUGUGUAUUUUUCUUUACGGAGUCAAGCCGUUUUUAGAAUUUUCAUAUGGUUUUUCAAAAAUGACAAAAUACUAAAUGAAUUCAGAGACCCCCAAAAGUAUAUCCAUUUUCUGAAAGUACAAAAGUACAUUGGAGCAUAUUAACAAUGUAUGUAACCAAGCUAACAAGACCCUGGGGUUCUUAAAGCGAAACGUGAAGAUUGGCAACUCCUGUGUAAAAGAAAGAGCAUAUAAAGCCUUUGUCCGUCCGGUUUUAGAUUAUGCAUCUUCAGUCUGGGACCCAUUUACCCAGAAGAGCAUUGACAGGUUGGAGGCGGUCCAGCGACCGGUCGGCUCGCUUUGUCCUGAACCGAUAGAGGAAUACCUCUAGUGUUGGCAGUAUGCUGGAAACACUAGGCUGGUCACCAUUGGAGGAACGACGACGACAAUCCAAGCUCUCCAUGAUGUACAAAAUAAAUAAUGGGCUGGUCCACUGUUCCAGUAUUUAACAGAAACUCGUCCCUCUCCCCCAUAGACAGCGACAAGGCCAUGACAGGCAAUUCCGGCUCCUACCUUCAAGAAGCCAGUAUAGGAGCUGCUCAUUCCUGCCCAAUACAAUCAGGGACUGGAACAAGCUUUCAAAAGUAACAGUUGAGGCGACAACACUAGACACAUUUGCGUCUAUUGCCUCAAGCCUUCCAACCCCCAUUGCAUGAUUCCUUCACAAAGUGGCACUUGUAAUCAGUGAAGCAAUAUUGUUUCAGAAAAUGUCAAGUUAUAGUUACUUAUAUUGAAAAUUGUGAUAUUGGUGAAUUUUUUUGAAUCACUACCUUCAAAUUAAUGUCAUACAAAAUACAAGGGGGAAGGCACAAAAUGAGGUCAAACAUUACUUUUCAAUUGAAGUUAUUACAUCCAUUUCUAUAAAUUAAUACUCCAGGAAAUACAAAAAUAAAUGUCGUUGAAUCUCUUUAAGGUAGGUCUUUGGGAUCUAAUCUUUGUCUUUUCUUUUAGAUUUUCACCCUUUCCCAGAUUAAUCAGUGGGGAUCAGUACGAUUAAGCUCAGGGCUAACAUUUUCAAUAUCUGACACUUAUGUCGCCAUCACUGCCAGAGCGGAUACUGUCAUUACCAGCACAUGAAAUAUCUAUGAAAUCAUUGCUUUCAUGAAAUCAUUGCUUUCAUUUCAAUCCAUUUGAAAUAAUUCCAAUAAAGAAAUUCUGUGUUGAUUUUGCAAUCCAGCGGGGGAUCCUCUCCAGCAUCAACAUUAUGGCGGUAAAAAAAAACUGAAAAAACUUUGCACACGGUUAAUGACAAAAAAGCCCUGAUAAAACCAUGUUAACACACAGAGUGGAGCAAAAAUGGGAAGUAAGCUCAUUAUAUUAUAUGGAUUGAUUUCCCCUUAGGAUUAAAUAAUUUGCAUUUUUGAUGGUUUUUGCCAGCAGCCGAUUAUAUAAUCUGCCAUGACACCAAGGGAAGUGGUAUAACGGCUAAUGAUUGACCAUUAUGACAGUUAUUGGGUUAAUUGAUAAACAGAGAUCGCAGGGUCUGUGAAGGUUUGGGAAAUUUGUAGGGCCUGGAAAGCUUGGGAAAAUUGACAAAAAGUCUUUGAAAUAAUCAUCAUUAUCAGUGGCGCUGCAGCCCAUGUAAGACCCUGUCCUGUUCCACCACUUCUUUCCAUUCGGAUCGCUCCAUGGUUUUCCGCCUCCAUGGUUUUCCACCUCCAUGCGUGGACCCUAGCUGGUCUUUGAAAGUUUAGGAAAAAUUAGGAAAAGUCAAUGGAACACAGAAGGUUCUCACCUUAUAAAAGCAGGGUUGAUGAUUUUUUCUACUCCUCACAAUAAAAAUCAGUUUUCUGAGCUGUGGUUCAUUGUUCAGAAACUCCUGUUGUUAUCACAUGGCCAGGUGACAGUAGAGAGAGGAUUCUCUGUAAAUAAGAGGCCACUGUCAAAAAUUUAAACAGUGAGAGUCUGUGUCCUCAAGCAAGGACUGACAAUUGAUCAAGCCAGAAGUGCUGGGGGGGGGGGGGGGGGGGGGGGGGGGGGGGGGGCGGCCUCAUAAAGUUCACAUAACAAAAGAGUUGUUGCAUUUGGCCUCAUUGUCAAGGAGAAAAUGCACUUUGUAUCUGGAAAAGCAGAAAGAAGAAAAUAUGUAUUCUAUUACAGUAAAAAAUAUAAUGAAACCUUGAGAUAGAUGAAGUGCUGGAGUUAAAAUUUAAAAAAAAGCUUAAGAAGCAGAUGGUACCAGUCUAUUUACUUUAGCCAACAGGAAGGCCAAAGUGUAGAUAGCUUAGCCAACAGCAAGGCCAAAGUCUAGUUACCUUAGCCAACAGCAAGGCCAAAGUCUAGUUAGCUUAGCCAACAGCAAGGCCAAAGCCUAUAUAUAUUUUAUACACUUAAGUGUGAUAAAGAAUGUUUUAUCUAUGCUAUAAUUUGGUGAGUUUGUUAUUUUUCUCUUUAGAAUAUGAUAAUACAUAGGUCUUUGAAGGUUUGGGAAAAGUGUUUGAAUUAAGUAACAUAAAAUUCUGUUUAAGUUUAAACCCUGGAAAUUUUUUUUUUUAGAAUAAUCCAACUCUUCACCCUGACAAUAAAUUGAUCACAUGCAAUACAAUGCAAGCUUGAGGACUUUUAGUGUAGCCGCAAAUGUGGGUUUGAUAUAUCAGACGCACGCUGUGGCUGAGUCAACUCAAAGGAGGGAAAUGUGGCAAUCAACUUUAGAAACUUUGACUUUCAACAUUGUUUCUUCACUCCUGCAUUUCAGGAUUCUGCAUUUUACAUUCCCAAUUUGAGUGGUCGCCAGCUGCAUGCUCACUCCAACUGGCAACACAAAGUUUUGAAAGGUACUUUUGACCUACGACAGAACACAAACUCAAAGUCCUGGCUGGAACGGGUUGAACUGAUGGAGGUUCGGGACAUUUCCUCCCCAGAUUUGACAUUGCAGGUACAUAAUAUGAUAUUCUACCAUCAAAACUGUUACAAUGAAAUUUGGCUCCGACCGUGCGUCAUAUCUGUUUAAUUACAUAACCAAUAUGUGCAGAUCAAAAAGUGAGAAUGUGUAGAAAAAAAAACAUGAGAAUAUGUUUUGAUCAAACAAUGAGAUUAUUUUUAAAUCAAUGGCAUUCUUUGUGAGUAAAAAAUUGAUGUUGGUAGUUUUUUUUGAAGUUAUCACUACUUAACUGAGUCUUCUGAAUGAGUCUAAACUAGUUAUUAGAAAAUUUACUGGUUAAAAUUCGGGUUUAUACAAUUUGCUAUAAUAAAAAGUGUAACAGUUGUAACACUAAGCAUCUGAUCCAAUGACAAGGUUUAAAAAAAUGUGGUUCUACGGGAGAAAAUCUUGAAAAUAUUUGUGAACUUUAUAAAGCACAGCCCAACCCAAGGUGUAGAGUAGGAAAAGACAAUAAAUGCCAUUUGACCUGUGAAUAUUACAUUAAAAUUGUGCCAUUCUCAUUGUCAGUGUCAACACCCCCUGGAGCAGUAUGAAGUCAUUGAGUGGACUGAUAUAGAGAAAGGAAGUCCAUUUUCUCUUAUACUCAAUUCAAGGCUUUGUGACGUCACACUUAUGAAUGAUCUCAAUAUGUUGCUGAAAAACCCAGAAGUAGGUCAUGGGUCAUACAAUUUUCUGCAUAUUCAGUUUCAUGUCUUGUAAUUAAUUAAAAGCCAGGUCAUCAUUUUGUGCCAUGCAUAAUACAGGUUAAAAAUGUUGGGUGGUUGAGAUAGUGAGACAUGUGACAAAGGUUCAAAUCCAAGUGAAUCUAGUCCAGUGGUCCAGCCAUGGGGAAGAAGGGAAGUGGGGAUGUGGGUUAAGUUUAGUAUGCUGUUGAUGAUGCCCUGUUGACCCACUUUCAAUCAAUUUAGAAGUUUUCAUUGCCUGUUGAAAUAGAUAAUGAGGAUAUGUUUCCUUAAAAAAACUUUACAUAACUAAUCUUAUUUAAUGGAGACCUGGAUAAAGGAUGAUGCCACUAAAUCAACCAACUGGCCCACUAAUAAAGGCUUAUUCCCCACCAGUUACAAUGCUGACCUUGAGUCUCUCCUUGCUCCUUUUAGAUUUCUUCUAUUUCAGUUUAACAAGUGCAGACAAGAUGAGUUUGUACAACACGCAGAAUGUAUAGGGAAAAUGGUGUCUGACAUUGUCUUGAACUUUAUGACCCCCGGCGCCAGGGGUGCACCCAGCUGUCAAAAGCAAAUCAUAUUUUGGGAUGAAGACGUGGCCGAUGAAACCUCACUGGUUUACAAGUCUGUGAUGAGCAAUAUUAAAAAUCGAGUUUUUCUGAGCCGCGUUAAAAGUGCUGAAGAGCUGGAGUCUGUCGCGAGAUCACAGAAAUCAUGUUUCACGGUCUUCUGUAAUGUGUCUCUGCUGUGUGAUGACAACUCCCGCGGUGAGCCUGAGUCUUACUUUGAGGAGCUGAGGGCCAGGAGGAAGAUGGUGCAGAGGAUAGCUGCAGUGUUGAGGGUACAUGAAUGGUUUAAGUAUUUGUUGCUUAUCAGAGAGGAAAUAUUUGACAUGCAUCUUGUUUCAGUUCAGAUUGUGUUUGAACAGUUGAAUACAAAUUUAAAUAGCAAUUAUCUAGGGGCCCACUGAAAGUAGUUAGGACAUGAGGGAAAUAAUAUUUACAAAAUUAAAUAUGAAAUGUUACUGGACCUAAAAUAUAUCAUGAAUGUGAAGGUGAAAUCAGUUUAUGCCCAGGUGAAAUUCUAUCAUUUCGAAUGUCAAGGAUAUAAUUGUCUAAAUUGAUAGAGUUAUCAAAAAUAUAAUAGUCUAAAUUGAAUUCAUUAAAGAAGUAUAUAGUCGAAAUUAAUCUAGUUAUAAAAUAUUUCUAUUGGGGAAAGAAAUUUACAAAUAAUGUUAUCAUAUUUUUAGGUCAAUAUUUUAUAAGAUGCCACCUCACAUCCAUUUGUGUGUGCAUAAUUAUAUGGUGCAUUACUUUGUUGUAUUGUGACCGUAAGUUGAUGUAUUAAUUUGUUGUAUUGUAGCUGUCGGUUGGUGUAUUAAUUUGUUGUAUUGUGGCUGUCAGUUGAUGUAUUAAUUUGUUGUAUUAUGUCUACAGCACCUACAUCAGGGCUGUCAGCUCAUCCUGCUGACCAGCACUGUCCUGACAAGGCUGUCAGCUGGACUCCUGUACAUUCUGGCCAGAUCUUUUAAUACAGUGAGUGCUGACAUAAUGGGUCAAGAGUUAGACUCUGCCUGAUUGUGAACGGGAGUCAGUAGAGUUGGCAGGAGUAGAUGAGGAUAAGUUUGUGGCUUUUCUCCAUGUAGAAUUUGCUACUGUUUAAAAUUUUAAAUGUAUUUACCUGAGCUAAAUAGAGUAAUUUAUUGAAGUAGGUGUUAUUUGCUUUUGCACAUUAUAUAAAAUAAUUGAGAAGUUGUUACUCUGACAGACCUACAUCAGCAGCCAAGCCAACCUGUGGCUUCACCAAGUGGUGGUCUUUGAUAACUGCCUAGGUGGGUGUCCUGUACUGGAAAAACAUCUAACAGAAGUUGAGGAGCUGAUGGGGGCCGAGUCUAGUCAGGAGCCAGCAUCUGACUAUGUCAUGGAGGUGGUCCCUUUCUCUUCACUUUUA